CUAAAUCAAUCAAUCAAAUAUGGGUCAUCAUCACCAUCAUCACGGACAUUACGACUAUGUCGCCCCAACUUAUACCGCUCCAGUAGUGUACCCCGCCGCUCAUCCAUACGGUGCACCAGGUGUGUUCCCAGCACCAGUCAUUGGCGCCCCAGUUCUCCACGUCGAGCUUGGACAUGGUCAUCAUCAUCAUCACGGUCAUCAUGGUCAUCACGGUCAUCAUCACGGUGGUCAUCAUCACGGUGGUCACUGGUUCUAAAGGAAUCUUACCCUCCACUCCAACCUACCACCAACCAUCCCCCACUCCAUAACAAUUACACA